AUGAACGAGUCAUCCGAGAUGGCAUCAGCCGCAGACAUAGUAGACUUUCAGCUGCCGCGUGUUGUGCAUGGAAGCAAGAACCUAAGUUACUACGUCGGCCUCGGCGCCAUUCUCUGCGUAGCCUGGUUCUUCCAGUCAAAGAAGCACGGGCAGAUUGACGUUCCGUUCUACAAGGCGGCAAAGACCAAGUGGAUCUUUGCAGCUGAAAGCCUCAUUCUCGACAGCUACAAUAAGUUUCGCGACACCAUCUACCAGAUCAGGGCCACCGAGGGUGUGCAGGUGUUGGUUCCUGCGAAGUAUCUUCCCGAGCUUAAGGGAUUGCCGGAGGAUGUACUUAGCGCACAGGAGGCCGUGAGCGAGGCUCUCAUGACCAAAUACACCAAGUUUGGUCUAGGACACAACGCUGAAAUGCUGUCAACGCUCAUUCGAGUCCGCCUCUCUCAAAACCUUGCACGACUCGUGCCCCAGCUGAAAGGCGAACUCGAGUCGAUUGUCGCGACGGAGUUUCCUGAGUGCAAUGACUGGACGCCUGUCAAGUUCCAACCUUUUGCGUUACGCGCCAUCUCGCGCAUCAGCGGCCGCGCAUUUGUCGGUCCCAGCAUCAACCGCUCAGAGCAAUGGAUGGACACGAGCAUCAAUUUUGCUAUCCAUGUUUUCACUGCCGUCGUUAAGCUGCAGUUCUUCCCUGAAUGGUCACGUCCAGCAGCGCAGUACCUCGUGUCAGAAUUGAGGCAAAUUCGGAAAGAUAUUGAUGUCGCCAAGAAGAUGUUGAAGCCAGUCAUUGAGGAGCGCCUCCGCGAUAUGGAGAUGCAUUCGGCGGAAGAGAAGCCGGAUGACCUGAUUCAGUGGUUGGUGGAAGCUCUACCCACAGAGGAGAAGACGGACUACGAAGCACAGGCGCAUAUCCAGCUCGUCUUAGCCGCAGCAUCGAUUCACACGACCACGAACCUCGUCACGGACUGUAUGUACGACCUUGCAGCUCAUCCAGAGGUACAAGAGAUGCUUCGCGAAGAAGCACACCAAGUCCUGGAAGUUGAAGAAGGUUGGCUGCGUAAAGAGAGCAUGGCGAAGCUUAAGAAGCUGGACAGUUUUAUGAAGGAGACACAGCGCCUCGCCGGCAACAUCACUGGCUUCAUUCGCAAGGUUUUGAAGCCCAUCACACUAUCUGACGGCACACGUCUUCCGCCAGGCACUAAGCUUCUCACACCACAAGCCGGCAUCUCACAUGACGAACGAUUCUUCGCAGACCCCGAAAGGUUUGAUGCCAUGCGCUUCUAUAAGAUGAGGCAGGCAUCCGAGGAGGAGGGACACAGGUGGCAAUUCUCAAGCAUCGGCGACACCAAUGUCAAUUUCGGCGCUGGACGGCAUGCCUGUCCUGGAAGGUUCUUUGCAGGCAACGAAAUCAAGAUGGUCUUGGCCUAUUUCCUGCUGAAGUAUGAGGUUAGGCUUAAGGAAGGGGAAGGUCGACCGAAGGGGAUGAUGAUGGUUAUGAGCAAAAUGCCAGAUCCCAACGCCGAACUGCUGUUCCGCAGGAGAACGGUCGAUUAA